AUGACUUUUCUCGCCGACUUCCUCCUCACCGUCGUCCCAACGGACUCCAUACCUAUUUAUCUUAAAACCUACAUCCCAGGCGAGACGCCCUUGUCGACAUUGCCCGUCGUCACCACAGCCCUUGUGUCGUACCUCGCUAUAAUAUUUGGUAUUCGUGAGAUCAUGAAGGAUAGAUCUCCACAACAGCUCAACACCGUCUUUCGCAUACACAACAUUUUCCUCAGUGUUGGAAGUCUCAUCCUUCUUGUCCUUAUGAUGGAAGAAGUUGGCUCGAUACGGCUCACAAAUACGACCUAUGGAACAAUGUGUGACGAGACCUCUUGGACGGAGAGGCUGGAAUUUUACUACAUGAUCAACUAUUACUUCAAGUAUAUCGAACUUUUUGACACUGUGUUCCUCGCUCUCAAAAAGAAACCCCUUGCUUUCCUUCAUGUAUUCCAUCAUUCCGCCACUGCUCUGUUAUGCUUUGUGCAACUUAAUGGCAAAACGAGUGUGUCAUGGGUUGUGAUCUCUCUGAACCUGGCAGUCCACGUCAUCAUGUAUUAUUACUACUUUGCGACUGCUGGUGGCGCCAAAAUAUGGUGGAAGAAAUACCUCACGUCCAUGCAGAUUAUCCAGUUCAUCAUCGACAUUGUCAUCGUUUACUUCGGCACCUAUCAACAUUACGCAGCUACUCACUACCAUCACCUCCCUCAUUGGUCGAAUUGUGCUGGCACUGAAACUGCUGCUCUUUUCGGAUGUGGCCUUCUCACCACCUACCUUGGCUUGUUCAUCAACUUUUACAUCCAAACGUACAAGAAAUCUGCCAAGGGCAAGCGGCCUACAGCCAACGGUAUUGCCAAUGGUCAUGCGCACAGUGGAAACAGCUACAAAAAGGACUGA